AUGGCCAUGAGGAGCCCGUACCUUUGCGCGCUCUGUGGCGUGCCGUGCGACGUUACGCAGCCCACCCAGACCCAUCCACGGCCCCAGCCCCAGCAAAGCCCUGACAAAUCCCCCAGCCGCGACCGACACCACCACCUACACCGGGAUGAAUAUUGUAACCAUCAGCACCACCACCAGCUGCAGCUGUUGCAACCAACCCAACGACAACAGAGACAACAGAAACGCCCGUGUGCGUGUGACGGCUGCGGCGCGCUGUACUUCUGCUGCGAGGCUCACCGCCGCCGAUUCACAACCCCCCUCACCGCGGCGGGAAUUAGCCAUGGCCACUCCAAGGAGGAAUGCGCACGCAUGGCGGCGCAGGUACGACGGGCGGCGGAGCUCGCGGACUUUCCAUUUCCUUGGUUUCGGAGCCUCAAUCCAAUGCUGUAUCUGGAUCUGGAUUUUCUUUCCAGGCGGUACCGGUCGGUAGGAGGCCGACAAGAUGAGGGUGGGACGGAACCGCGACAACCUUGUCAGCAGCAGCAGCAGGAGGGAGGACAGCAGCAGCAGCAGCAGCAGCAGCAGCGGCGGCGUCGGUUAGAUGACAUGGCGGUUGGCGUACGGCCGUGCGAGCCAGCGGGACUAGCGGACACUGCCGCCGGCGCUUCUCACGCGUACGACUUACCGUCCUCUAAGUACGGCGGCGUUGCGUCGACGCCUGGUGUACGGACUGGCGGCAGUCAAGCUAGUCUAGAUAAUGGCCGCCGUGUUGCGUACCCGCACGGAGAGGCGACGGCGCCGCCGUCGACCCCGCCGUCCAUGUCCCUCUGUGCGCUCCUCCGCAUGCUUCAUCACCCCCAACCAGCGCCAUGGCCGCUGCCCAUAACGUCGCCAUCAGCGUUGUCGUACACACUCACUCACAGCGGCGUUCAGACUAUGGAUGUGGAUGAUCAUGAUGGCCCUACUGCGCGUGCCUUCCAGCUCCAAAACCGCAAUUGCAGCAACAAUAGCGAUGGCGAUGAGGUUGGUAGCGGAGGCGGGGACAGUGGUGGUGGUUGUACGGCUGCCGGCUGCUGGCGGCGCCUAUGCCAGUGUGGUCGUGACAGCGGCGGCGGUGACGAGGGCGAAUGGGGCGCUCUGCAGCCGCCAAUGCUGGCAAAGGUGCAGCUGCCGCGGCGGUGGCGGACUGCAUCGCCGCCGCCAGAGGCAGUUGCCGUCGCCGCCGUUGCCGCCGAUCUCGGAGCUACAGCUCCUGCUACAGCUCCUGCUACAGCUCCUGCUACAGCUCCUGCUACAGCUCCUGCUACAGCCUCUUCCGACGGCCCGGCGCUCUGGGACCAAGCCGCCUGUUGGGCUCAGCGGGUGUGGCACCUGCCACCUCUGCUGGUGCCCCCCCUGCGGGGCCCGAGAGCAGAGCGCGGCAGUGGGUCGGGGACGCCGGCAGCGCCGCCGCCGCCGUCUGCACCCAGUGACCCGCGGGAGCAACAACAGUGCGGCAGCGGCGGUGCCGGCGCUGCCUGCGGGCCGUACAGUGUCGUGGACUGGUUGUCGUACUACCGCUGGGCGGGGCUGCCGUUGGAGUCGCCGGCGGCGCUGCUAAUGCACUUCCCAUUAACGUUGUACGGCGCAUUGCGGCUCUUGGACGAGCGGCUGGGCGGUGCGCUGCUGGGAGCCGGGGCGGGUCCCCAGGCCGAGCUCGACCAGUUGGAUACCUUUGCAGUGCUACUGCCGCUACUGCCGCCCGGGUGCACGCUGCGGGUACACAUGGUGGGACCAGACGUGCCGGAACACCUGCACGGCGCCGUACUCGUGUACAAUGGCGAGCUGCUGGGGAUUCCCAGGACGGCCGCUCCUAUCGGCGGCUCGGCGACUGAGGACGUGGGACAGCGCCACGCAGCGGCCGGUCCCCGCCGAGUCCGAGGUGGCGAUGCCGGCGGCGGCGGUGGCAGCGGUGACGCGGAGGACUGCGGUAGAGGCAGUACGGCGGUGGAGGCGGCGGUGGUGCCGGCGCCCCGUCUUGAGAUGACGUUAUGGAGCGGCUUGCUUCAUGAGGUGGUGGCGGAGGUGGUGGCGGAGGAGGUGGAGGAGGCGGGAGACCUGCUGAUGGAGUUUAUUGCGAGAGCUGCGGAAAGAGCUGCCGGGCUUCCGGAGGGUCGUAGUGGUGAUGAGAGACCCCGAGGAGGGAAGGAGGGAGGGGACGGAGGGGGAGGGGGCGGAGGAGAGAAAGGGGGAGGGGGCGGAGGGGGAGGGGGCGGAGGAGACUGUGAAGUUCCUGGGGGUAACGGUAUUGGUGAUGGUGGCGCCUGCUCCUCCAUGUCGUCAACCCCGUCCGCUAAGUCGAGUCCCGCGGCGCCUGGGGAUCUCAACCAGUCCGGGCACGACAAUCCGGGUACGGCAGGAGGCGGCGGCGGCGGCGUCCAGUGCGGUUCAUCGCCAGCGGCGCCGCUUCUGGUCUUCGCACCCAACGCUGGUCUGCCUGUUUACAUGUCCUGGCAACCUACCCUGGAACUGCUGUUGCUACUUUCGGGGCGACAGGCCGAAGAAAGACCCGUGGGUCAUCAUCAUCAUCGUCAUCAUGUUCAGCAGCAGCAGCAGCAGCAGCUGGAGGGACGACGUGCCGAGGAUGCGGAGGCUGUGGAGGCGACGAGGACCGCGAAGGCGAUAAUGACGAGGAAGAUGGCCGCAACGACGACGAUGCCAUCGGCGUGCCCGAACGUGGGGGUGGAAGUGGCGGCGGCUACGGAGGCGGUGGCUGCGGCGGUAGCCGAUGUGGGGCGGUGGGAGAAUGGAGCGCGGCGGCGGUGGGGGCAGCAGCCGAAGCCACGUCCUGUUGCAUGUUGUUGUCUGUUCACCGCAUAUAACGAAGAGGAGUGCGUGCGGUCGUGCCAGCUGCUGGAGCAGUUGUACGGCAUGACGCCAGAUCUACGGCAGGCGGGGAACCCGUACCGGCAGCCGCUGUGGUGUAUUGAAAGGGUCGGCAACGGCCUGCCUUCUUACAGUAACGGCUUUAUGUUCGGCUGGUUUACGAUGUAA